UGGGCCAUCCAGUUUUGCAGGCGUGGGGGAGAACACUAAACGGUUUACCGUCAGUCACCUGCUGGACCUGGAGGACACUUACCCGGGGAUAGAAAAAAGCCGUGGGAAACGAAUGCAGGUGGACCCAGAAGAUAUUCCGCAGGGCUGUGAAGACGGUCUCGACGGCGAGGACCAUAGCCAACAACGCCGAAAGAAACCGCGCCGUAACCGGACGACGUUCACGGCUCAACAGUUAAGUGCCUUGGAAAGGGUGUUUGAGAAAACUCACUAUCCGGACGCCUUCGUCAGAGAAGAACUGGCAAAGAAAGUGAGUCUCAGCGAGGCACGAGUUCAGGUAUGGUUCCAAAAUCGAAGGGCAAAGUUUCGGCGAAACGAACGCAGUAUUCUGGCCCAGAGAAACCAUCUCUACCGCAACGGUCAAGACAUGACAGCUUUCGAGCAACCCAUCGCCCCACGACCGACGACGACAGCAUCAUCUUUAAACCACACACCGACAGUGCAGGGAUCCUCCGCCUGCGCCGGGCACUGGAAGCCGUCACCGACGGCCGUAUACAAUUCUAUGCUCGGCUCGCCACUCGCCGGCAUACCAGCCUACUCCUCUUGUGCCAUGGUCUCGGGUGCCGCUGCGGCAAGACAAGGCCAAAGUAUGUCCGUUGCCCAACCAAACCACAACCCGCCACCGACACAGUACAACUUUGGCAAUCCUCUUACAAAUUUUCAAUUCUGUUCACAGGACUGCAAUCUUCAGACGGCAUUGUCAGGUGUGCCCUAAUGAGAGCGGAUUUGAAAAGUUCAAAACAAAGUCGUCGGUGCCUAAACAUUUUAUAUUACAAUCAAAAAAACACGUGUCUCAGGUUUUAAUGGAAGAAAAUGAGAUAUGGACUGGGAAAUUUCAGACCUACCUUGCUAAUAUCAUACCAGUAGUCGAGCAACAGUUAAUUACCAGUGGUUGCAAUGCGAUGGAACGUAUAUC